AUGUCGUACAAACUAAGGAUUUUGCUAUUAUUCUUCUUACUGAUUGAAAAAUGUCGAUAUAUCAGUACCCAACGAGCUUGCCCACAAAAAGAAGUAAUUUUACCAUGCAGGUGUCUACUGAGAGCCCAAGAAUAUCAAAUAUGGUGCUCUCACAGCAAUUUGCCAAACGUUCUGGAAAGCCUCAAAAAUGUAGCGAAAUACAUUGCACACCCCGUAGACGAAUUAAUAUUGGAAAACAAUUUCCUACCAUCCCUACCUGGUAGGACUUUUUCACCACUGCGUGUCCUGAGGCUGAUGCUGCGUCACAACAAUCUGGAAAGAGUCUCUAGUGAUUUUUUAGCAGGCUUAGAAACCAGCCUUAUGGAAAUUUUCAUAGUCGAGCCACGAUUGAGCGGUUUACCAGAAUUGUCCAUGGCUCAACUCAGAAACCUCAGAGCGGCCACGAUACAUACCAAACUACUGAAACGUUUACCCGUAUUCUCGGGGUUACUGAAGCUGAAAUACAUUCAGACAGAGUCAGCGAUGCUAUCAGAGCUCUCACCGACAAACUUCAAAAAUCUGCCAUCAUUGGAAAAGCUGCACAUCAGCUCUAGUCCAAAGUUGACGAGGUUGGAGUCGAGUUUACUAGAGGAUUUGCCCAAGCUCGAAUUGAUCAACAUCACCCACUGCGGAAUCGAUUGGAUCCAUGUCAGGGCGUUCAGGAGGCUACCAGUGUUGAAAGAAUUGAACUUGUCUGGAAAUAAGUUGACAGAUGCUGGCAUGGUAGGCAGAGGAAGUAGAGAACUACCAGAGCUGGAGGUUAUCAGGUUAGAUAAGAAUAAUCUGAACAAGCUAGGUGAAGCCAGCUUCGUGGAUUUAUCCUCCCUGAAAAAGCUAGACCUAUCCAAUAAUCUCAUCACUCAUAUCCAACAGGGUGCUUUUCACAGACUACCCAAACUGAAAAUCCUCGAUGUAUCGAACAAUGCAUUGAGAUAUUUCCACCCAGGAAGCUUUUUGCAUCCCUCAGAAAGUGCCCUGGAAGAAAUACUGCUCCCUCACAAUGACAUAAGCAACAUUGGGGAGCUCAGCUCGGUUCUGGACAGCUCCCCGAGACUCGUUUUCCUGGAUAUGCGCCACAAUCAGCUACGAACCAUUCCGUUCGGAGCCCUACGAGGUCAUCCUACCAUAGAGCAAAUCGAUUUGGGAUUCAACAGGUUGCGCUCUAUCGAUAAGGAAGCUUUCAUAGCGAUGCCAGCGCUCAGAGAACUGAAACUAGCCAACAACUCGGUGAGCGACCUUUUCCCGGCGCCAUUUUGGAAUUUGCCAGCCUUGAAGGGGCUGGAUCUAUCUAAAAACGGCCUCGGUAGGCUGCAGCCGAUGUUUCUCAGCAACGUGGGUGCCCUGAGGCGAGUGGACUUGAGCCAAAACUUGCUGAGUUUUGUAGACCCUGAGGCGUUCGUGCCUACUCCGUUCCUUGAGCACAUCAACAUGUCCAGCAAUGUGCUCAAGGGACUGCAUGUGGUGACUUUGAGGCAUCUGAGGCAGCUGUACGAGGUCGAUUUGAGCCACAAUUUUCUGAGGGCUGUGCCGGGUGAGCUGCCGAGGAACAUAGAGUAUUUGCAUUUGAGAAACAACGAGAUUACUGGGUUAUCACCUCAGGAGUUAGAAUUGCCAUCUCUGAGGGUCUUAGAUCUAAGUAAAAAUAGGAUAGACGGUCUCCCAAAGGGUAGUCUGAAGAGGCUAGUUAACUUGAAGCGAUUAUAUUUAGGUUCGAAUUUAAUAACGAGUCUGGAAGAAUUUUCUCUGGACGGCCUCAAUAAUCUGGAAACCUUGGACCUCGGUAACAAUAGGUUAGUUCAAAUCUACCAGAAUUCGCUCAAACCGCUAAUUUCUCUACGAUACUUCAAUGUGGAAAACAAUCAGAUUAGCGUAUUGGGCUCAGAAUUACUGAUAUCUAGCAAAAACGUGCUGCAAAUCAAUCUGAGUGGUAACCAACUUCCAGAAAUCCUGGCUAGAACUCUGGAUACCAAUAAACAAACUGAAUAUCUGGACAUAUCCGACAACCUGUUGAUUCAGAUACCUCAAACCGUUUACGAUAACACUAAUUUGAAAAAACUCGAUCUCACAAACAACAGAAUCAAGACAAUCAAUGCCACUAUAAUUAACAGUUUGACCAACCUAAGGGAGUUGAGACUGACCAAGAACUUUAUCCAAACCAUAGAGGAAGGUUCCUUGUUCGACCAUAAGCAUGUGAAAACGAUUUAUCUAGAUGAUAACGAGAUUGAAUAUAUGGAACCCAAGUCCAUAAGGAACCUACCAGUCGUGAAAUCCUUGAAACUGAAUCGGAACAAGUUGAGAAAACUUCCCAACAUAGCUUUUCAUAACCUACCUCUACUUCAAAGCUUAGAGCUACAGCAAAAUAAACUGAGAAACAUUGAACCGAAAGCCUUCAGCCAAGUUCCACAUCUUUUGAUGCUCAAUUUGAGCCACAACGAGUUGAUAACAUUAGAAGAUGCUGGUCUUCAAGGUUUAAACUCUCUGGAACUGCUAGACUUGAGUUUCAACAGGAUAUCCAAGUUAUCUGGUAGAAACCUAGAUCAGCUAGAGUGGCUAGUCGAACUUCGAAUGGACGCAAACGCCAUCUGCGAGGUCAGCGAAGGAGUUUUCGACAAGUUGUUGAGGUUAAGACUCCUGAGCAUCAGGAAUAACAAGAUUAUGUAUAUACCAGAAAUGGCGACUCAGCGGCUCAGAAGCAAUAUCGCUACCAUCGACGUGAAAGGUAAUCCUUUGUCCUGUUCGUGCAACAUGCUGUGGCUGCAGGCCUGGAUCAAGGAAACAUCUCAGGAGAGCCCCAGUUGCUCUGAUGGUACGUUGCUCAGGGAACUACCACUCAGUUCCCGAGAUUGUCCUCAAGAAGAAAGGCAAAAAAAGGGAUUAACCAUGUGCGAUGCUGAGAUUUUCAACACUCCCAACUUGUACUCGACUUCCCAGAUACUUUCUAGUUCGAAGUAUAGCCUCAGAAAUGGUACGAAGAAUGGUUUGGGGGGCAAAAACAAUUUAGCACCGUCCCCUGAAGAAUCUGAAUAUUUUUAUGAUUAUUACAUCGACUAUCCCUAUAACGACAGCCUGAUUGAUCCUAAGGUAGCUGUGAAGGAGAAAAUUAGGGAUGAGGAAAUGACCACUCAAAAUGUACUCGAUAGAUUCCUGCAAACAAAGUCUAAAGAUAACAUUGCAGGUGAUACCCCAACGUUAUAUGCUGCUUCUUCGACAAAACCGAAGCCCGAUAUCCCCCAAAAAGUGAGCCACUCCCCAAGCAACAGUGGCUUCACGUUUUUCGGACUCCCCCUGCCGGAUGUCAACUUGAAAAACUUAUUCGGACCCGAUCAGGCCCGAACCCCCGUCAUGGAAAGAAAAUCCGCUAUCGUUAACGAUUCUCCAAAAAGCAAGAGGAAAUUCAUAGCUCAAAUGGAGAUGCUGCAACCCCCAAAGAUGCCCGAGCUCCAAGGUGGGUUCCUACCCGUGCUGCCUGGGUAUGGGGGCUUCAAACCCAUGCCGGAUCCCAGUAUUGCCAUCAAAAAUCCCCAGAGGAAGCAAGAGGUGGUAAAUGAAAAGCAACAGGGGUUGCAAGUGGAUUUACAGAAGCAACAGGUGGAGUCACAGAAGCAACAGGUGGCGCCACAGAAGCAACAGGUGGCGCCACAAAAGCAACAGGUAGAGUCACAGAAGCAACAAGUGAAACCGAAGGUGAAAGGUCAAAUAGAAGCAUUGAAGCAGCCACAGAAGAAAUUGAACUUUGAGAGAUCUCAACUGUUGUCCAACCAGAGUACAUUUUUCAACUUCACCAGUGAUUCUCUGCCGACUAAUAGAAACAAGAAGAGUCAGUUGGCUACUAUAAAGUUGGAAAGUAUAGCGAAUGUGAAGAUAUUCAAUCAGAGUGUAAGUCACAAUUUUGAAGAGCAUCCAAGCACAGAGUCUGCUGAAAUUUUGAAUAGUUCUGAACGAACUGAAACCGUAUCGUUUACGACAGUUGUUGUGGACAAAAUGACAGAUGUAGUUGAAACCACUACAGUGGUAGUUGAAACGAGCACUGUCCCUGUGAGAGAUGAAACUACCACUGUAAAACCAACACAGCUGAAUGAAUCAGGCGUUGUUUCGAACGACUCGAAAGUAGUUGAAAACCAAAAAAUUACACAACAUAGUGAACCAAUAUUCGAAGAAAAACCGUCUAAACCUGACACACAACCAGAAAAAAAACAUAACGGUUCAGUUCUGUCGGCUUUUUUAGUACCAGGAGGUGAACAGUACCAGUUCAAACCAACAGCAAAGUCGACCAUUACCAAAGUUCAGAACCCACAUGACUCCAACAGCAACGAUGCUUCCAUCCUGAAAUCAUCACUGAGAGUUUCAGAUUUUCCUGAUUUUGCCAAAGUUGAAUCUGCUAGGGUGGAAAAUGUCGUUUCUGACGAUUCUAUCAUAACGUCGACUGAUGAAGGCAUGACAGAAACGAAUGAUUGGUAUUUUGAGAACUAUAAUAAGCAAAACGUAGAGCCCUUUGUGGCAAAUAUAAGGGUAGAUAGUGCUAGCACAGGCAGCUCUCAACCAAUUGUAUAUACUUAUUUGUUAGUAGGAGUCGCGUUCAUUGUAUUGUAA